AUGAUGUCCCAAUACACAGGUGGAGGUUCUAGUGGAAGUAUGUUUAACCCUAAUGCUAUGAUGGGAGGAGGUCAACAGCAACCUGCAAACAGUGGGCAAAGUUCACAGCAGAGUCAAUCAUCACAGUCGACAAGUAAUCCUCAGCAGUCAGGAAGUUCUAGUCAGUCAUCUGGAACUGGUAUGUUUAAUCCGAAUGCGCAGAUGUCAUCGGGUGGUUCUGUUGGCACCUCUGGUGGCAGCUCUGGUGGAGGUAUGUCUCAGUCAUCAGGUGGAUCAGGAGGAAGUAUGUUUAAUCCGAAUGCGCAUAUGUCAUCGGGUGGAUCUGGUGGCACCUCUGGUGGCAGUUCCGGUGGAGGUAUGUCUCAGUCAUCAGGUGGAUCAGGAGGUAGUAUGUUUAAUCCGAAUGCGCAGAUGUCAUCGGGUGGAUCUGGUGGCACCUCUGGUGGCAGCUCUGGUGGAGGUCAAUUUGGUGGUCUGUCUCAGUCAUCAGGUGGAUCAGGAGGAAGUAUGUUUAAUCCGAAUGCCAUGAUGGGAGGUCAACAGCAACCUUCAAACAGUGGACAAAAUUCCCAACAGAGUCAAUCAUCUCAGUCAACAAAUAGUCCUGCACAAUCAAGUCAGUCAUCUGGAACUGGUAUGUUUAACCCAAAUGCACAGAUGUCAUCGGGUGGAUCUGGCGGAACAUCCGGUGGAAUGUCAUUCAAUCAGAAUCAGAUGAUGUCUGGUGGAGCACAACAAAUGAAUGGUGGUGGUGGUGGUAGCAGUUCAAACACAAUGCCAAAGUAUGACCCAAACAAUGCUGUAAAUACUGGCGCCAAGUAUGACCCUAAUGCUGCAAACAGUGGAAUGGGUGGUUCUUCAGGGGGAGCAAAACCAUCUUUUGCAAACGGUAUGGGGUUUAAUGCAAAACAACAACCGCCUGGUGGGCAACAGACUACGAGUCAACCAAGCCAACAAUCCGGAUCACAGUCCCCGUCUAGUUUUGGCCAAGCCUCAGGACAGCAACCACAAUCGGCAGCAUCUAGCUUUGGACAAGCUUCAGGUCAACCAUCACAGUCUUCAGCAUCAAGUUUUGGUCAAGCAUUGGGUCAACAGUCUCAAUCUGGUUCUGGUAGUCAACAGCCUCAAUCUGGCUCUGGUAGUCAACAGACUCAAUCUGGCUCUGGAAGUCAACAGCCUCAAUCUGGCUCUGGUAGUCAGCAGCCUCAGUCUGUCGGAGGGGGUCAACAACAAGCAACAAGUCAACAGUCAAAUUGCGGACAACAAGCUUCUUUUGAUCCAGUAGCCGCCAAUACAGGAGGAACUUCCGGUUUUAACCCACUAAAUCCGCUUUUAGGAGGAAAUACUAUGAGUAAAUUCAUGGGACCGAAAACAGGAUGUGGUAAAACUAACGGUGGCUUUGAUCCUGGCUCUGUCAAUAUGCAACAAGCUCAGUUAGGUACAAGCUUAAACAUGUUUGGCGGAGCUAAAGGUGGAGACCCAAGCAAAAUGGAUGCAAGUUCAUUAAUGGGUGGAUCCUCUGGAAUGAUGAGUGGGGCUAAUUCAGUUAUGAGUACAGGCGGAAGCAGUGGUGGAAGCACGGGGGGCAGUAGCGGAGGUGGAAUGAAUUUGAAUCCUAUGAAUAUGAUGAGUGGUAUGAUGGGAGGAUCCGGAAGCGGAAGUGGGAGUGGUAGCGGUACGAAUCCCAUGAACGCAAUGAUGGGAGGAACAUCUGGUACAUCCAGAGGCGCAAGAGGAGCCCAGAGGUUUGCUGGAGGCAGUAAGCUUAUGGACCCCAUGGGUUUUAUGAAUGGAGGUGGGCAAACUGGUAAAUUUAGUAAUCGGUUUUCUGUACCAUUAACAGGAAGAUCUUUGGAGACAGAAUCUGAAUACCACAAUAGACAUAUUUAA